UAUCAACUUGUCCACUUUUGGAAUGGGAAUGUGUGUUCACCCAUCGUGGAUUUGCCACGAUCCAUGUAAUGCGAGUGCCUUUAUUGACACAGGGUCAAAGAUAAUGCACACCCGACACCAAUCUGCAAAUUUUCCGUAGUUAUGUAUGUGUAGGAUGUGAGCUUUUAAUCAAGCUUUCUAUGUUAUAGCACAGGAAUAUGAUGGUCUAAAUUGUCGAUUAUAAGUAUGCAUAAGUUUUUUGCCAAGCCACAGUGACUGGGAAAAGUUUUCUUUAGAGUGAUGUAAUUGAAGAAAAUAUUUGAAGCACUUCUCUUGAAUUGUUUUGUACCAUGCAUCUUGUUUAAGCUAAAUCUUCUGUUACAGAGACUCGAAAAGGUGGGAAAUUCGCUAUCGGUUCUGACAUUGAUACAGAUAUCGACGAAUGCACAAGUACAAGUGCUCAACUGGGAUCAAAGAGUUUGAACAAGUUCUUGGAACAAUUAUAUGAGAAAAGGGGGUCUACGAGGGAGGCUGCACUUUCUUCAAUUGUUCAGAGUUAUAGCCUUGGCUAUCAAUACCAAUUUUCUGAGAAAAAGUUGCUUCUCUGAAUUACUUUACCAGUGCUUGAAAUCUUUGAAAAGGGGUUCGGCUAAAGAGAGUUAUUUGGCUGUUGAGGCCCUAGGAUUACUAGCUAUCACCAUUGGUUGUGGAGAAAAUGGUCGUGAACUAUAUAGAGAAUCAUUCCCGGUUCUUUCAGAAGCUCUUAACACCGAGUCUCAACCAUGGAAGUUAAAACUAAUCUUGGAUAAUUUGGCUAUUAUCACCUUCGUCGGGGGAAAUGAAUUGGAAGAGACCGAGAGAUCUAUGCAAAGUAUGUGGCAUUUCAUGCAUUCAAGAGCAGAUAUUAAGGAAGCUCAAAGUGCGGCAAUCUUCUCUUGGUCACUACUUCUGAGUACCAUGGAUAGUUGGAGUCUCAGUUACAAACAUUGGCGAGGGGCGGUUCCUUUCUUCAAGAAUCUUCUAGAAUCAGACCAUGAAUCCAUUCUCAUUGGAGCUAGGCAAGCACUAGCCCUAAUACUUGAACUCGGGUGCCUUGAGAAGUUCGAGGGUGACGCAUCAGCAAUGGAGGAGAUGGAUGUUGAGGAAGUAUCAAAGGAUGGCUUUGUCCUGGAAAUUUCUGUAAAGAUUGGUACACAAAGAUUAAAAGUCAACACAUUACCUCAACAAAUUCAGCUUAAUUUUCUGAAGCGUUUGCUUGGUUCCGGUUUUGUUGCACACAUGAAGGAAAACGAACUUCUACAUGAUGUGUUCAAUUUCAAACCAGAAAAAAGAAAACCAGGCAGAGAACUAUAUGUAGCGGAACGUGAUGAGGUUGCUAUUAAUCUUUUUGUUCCUGAUGUAAGAAGAGAAGACAGCUUUCAGCGUAUUCACAAGUCACAAAACUCAAUUUUUGUGAAGGCGAGGACUCAGAUUCGAAACAAGAACCGCGAUAUCAGAGGAGAGGAGCUAUGGUGUUCUGGAGAUUAAUCAAAGGGAGAGCCUGCUUGUUUAUUUGUUUUUUUAUUUUUUAUUUUUGUAUCUUUCAUUCAAGAAAUCUUUAUUUAGUUUAUGUGUAUUAUCUUGACUUAAAAAUGGGAUAAUGCAUCU